GGAGGCCCUUGGAGAAGAUGCAGAGCCGAAGGUGGCUGAGGAGGAGGAAGAGCAGAGAAGGAGCCAUAAGCAAAUGGAGGAGAGCAGGCAGAGGCUGGCCAAGCUGCUCUUUGAUGGCGCGCAGUUGGUGACAAAUAUCCAGGUGGCUGCUGACUUGAGGGAAACACAGAGGAGGGCAGAGGAGGCAGAGCUGAAGCUGCAGAGGGUGGAGAAGCUGGAGAAUGAAGCCAAGUCCAGCACGUACAAGUUUGAGGAGAUCGCCUCCAAGUGGGCCUUGGCCAAGGAGAUGACGAUCCCGCAGGAGCUGUGGCAGCUGCUGAACCAACAGCAGCAGCAGUGUGCGCUGCUUCUGGAGGAGAAGAACAAGCUCAUCGGUGACCUGCAGCAGGAGCUGAAAAACAAAGACGAGCAAUACGUGCAGGCCAUUAAGAAGCAGUCGGACGAUAUCCACCUGCUUUUGGAGAGAAUGGAGGAACAGAUCAGGAUCAUGCUGAAAACUUACCGUCACAAACUCCUGCAGAUUGAGAAAGCUUUUGAGCUCGAACGGCGAGAGCUGCUGGACAACAACAGGAAGAAGUGGGAGGAAGCCAUCCAAGCCCACAAUGCACAGGAGCUGGAAUACCUGCAUGCCCGUAUGAGGAAGGUGGAAGAGUUUGAGAAACAGCUGAAUCAGCUGCGGGUGGAGGAUGAGGAGGAGUAUAACAGCAUGAAGAUCCAGCUGGAGAACGAUGUGCAGAACCUGGAGAGGCAGCUCCAGCAGAUGAAAGCCGUCUAUCAGCUGAACCAGGAGAAGCUGGAGUACAACCUUCAGGUGCUUAAGAAGCAGGACGAGGAGAACACCAUCAUCAGAUCCCAGCAGAAGAGGAAGCUCAACCGGCUCCACAGCUUGCUCAACAACCUGAGAACAAAACUGGCCAACCAAGAGAAGCAGUUCGGAGAGGAGAACCAGAGCCUGGCAGCCGACUGCGAGCGCAUCACGGGGCAGUGCAAGGAGGUGCAGAGGAGGAUGAGGCACUUUGCUGUCAGCGACGCUGAGAAGUUCACGGAGGUCUGGCUUAUGAACGAGGAGGAAGCCAAAGGGCUGAUGCGGAAAGCCCUUGAUGCAGAUCGCAUCAUUCACACCCAGCAACUGGGGCUGCCCUGGGAAGAGCCUCGUCACUGGUUCCUGAACAACGUCGGCCCCCUCGGGCAUUACAAGGCGAAGAGGAUGGCGACCAAGCUGGCUGCGGAGGUCCUGACAGGUGGGAUGCACGGUGCCCUUGAAGGGAGUGAGAAGAAGGAAGAAGUGGGUAGUGGAGAAGGAGGAAAAGGAAACACAGCCAAGGUUGAGGAUAGAGUCACACCUCUGCGAAAUAUCUCCAAGAAGACUGCCAAGAGGAUCCUGGAGCUCGUGAGCGACGAGUCGGGUUUCGUCAUCGAGAGCAAGCUGCUGAGGCCCCUGCGCGCGCUGGGGAGGCACGAGCGCACCCUCAUGAAGCUCGACUCCAUCUUUGCGGCCCUCGAGAUCGACAGUGAGGAUGACCUGUACCAGCUGGUGGAUUUUUUCCUGAAGUACAAAGCCCAGGAGGUGGCUGUCAGCCAGAGCCAGGGCAGCCCAGGUGGAGAAGAUGUCAGGGAUCCGGCUGAGGCCAGAGAGGACGGUGGAUCCAGUGCCCAGAGGGAUGAGCUCAGACCCCCUCGGAGCUCACCAGGCUCCCUUCCGUCUGUGUACAUGCACGCUGAUGAUGUCCUAAGGAUCCUGAAAGCGUUUGUGCGGGAUUUUCACAAGCUGAGGGAGAAGGACGGAUCAGCAAAGGAGGUUCUACAGGUACGGGACAGCUCCAAGGAUGGGGAGUAUUGGGAAGCCCUGGCACACGUCAUCCCGGAGCCGACGCUGAAGCUGUGGGAUGCGCUGGCAGUGGCACUGGAGGAAUAUUACGAGGUCCUCACGCGCAGGGCCAGCCUGCUCGCCGAAGCAGCCGUCCUGCAGCAGCAGAACUCAGAGCUGUGCCUGCUGCUGGAGGAGUACGUCAGCUCCGGGGUGAACAGCAAGCUGCCCUCCCCUCCCACGCAGUGGAUGGACCCGAACCUGUCCUGCCCCAGGGAAGCGCAGUGA